AUGAGCCGCCAAGUCAGUUAUGGCCAACAAUCUUUCAGGACCUCCGGUGGAGGGCAACGCCAAGGAUUCAGUGGCCGAUCGGCUGUCGUCUCCAGCAAGAGUCACAUCAGCUCUGGCAGAUCCACAUCUGCUUCCCGAUAUGGAGGAGGUGGUGGCAGUGGCGGCGGCAGUGCUUCAUCAGCCUGUGCUGCCAUGGGCAGGGGCUUUGGCAGCAGAAGCCUGUACUCCCUUGGGGGGAACAAAAAGAUCUCCAUCAGUGUAGCUGGGGGUAGCUACCAGGCAGGGGGUGUAGGUGGUGGCCGAAGCUGUGGCUUGGGGGGCAGUGGAUUUGGAGCUGGUGGCAUGGGAGGGGGAGCUGGUGGAUUUAGAGGGGGAGCUGGUGGCUUUGGAGGGGGAGCUGGUGGCUUUGGAGGGGGAGCUGGUGGCUUUGGAGGAGGAGCUGGUGGCUUCGGUGGCCCUGGUGGCUUCGGUGGCCCUGGUGGCUUUGGUGGCUCCGGUGGUCCUGGUGGUUUCCCUGGUGGCAUCCAUGAAGUGACUGUCAACCAGAGUCUUCUAAAGCCCCUCAAUGUGGAGAUUGACCCCCAAAUUGGGCAGGUGAAGACCCAAGAGAAGGAGCAGAUCAAGACCCUCAAUAACAAAUUUGCUGCCUUUAUCGACAAGGUCAGGUUCCUGGAACAACAGAAUCAAGUCCUAGAGACCAAGUGGCAGCUGCUUCAGGACCAAGGAUCCACCUCAAACUCUAAUGACCGGAACCUUGAGCCCUUCUUUGAGAACUAUAUCAGUAGCCUCCGGGCUCACUUAGAUAUGCUGGUUAAUGAAAAAAACAAGCUGACUGGAGAACUGAGCAGUAUGGAAGACUUGGUUGAAGACUUUAAAAAGAAGUAUGAAGAUGAGAUCAACAAACGCACUGCUGCUGAGAAUGACUUUGUGGUUCUUAAGAAGGAUGUAGAUGCUGCCUACAUGACCAAAGUAGAACUGGAGGCCAAAGUGGAGAGCGUGAUGGAUGAGAUUAACUUCCUCAAGGCCCUGUAUGAUGCAGAGCUGUCUCAGAUGCAAUCAGACACCAGCGACACCUCUGUGGUUCUAUCCAUGGACAACAACAGAUGCCUGGACCUGGAUAGCAUCAUUGCUGAAGUCCGAGCACAGUAUGAAGACAUUGCUCAGAGGAGCAAGGCUGAGGCUGAGGCCCUGUACCAGACAAAACUGGGAGAGCUGGAAAACACAGCUGGCAGGCAUGGGGAUGACCUGAAAAGCAUCAAGAGUGAGAUCUCUGAGCUCAACAGGAUGAUCCAGAGGCUUCGAGCUGAAAUUGAGAAUGUCAAGAAGCAGAACGCCAACCUUCAAGCAGCCAUUGCUGAUGCUGAACAGCGUGGGGAGAUGGCUCUCAAGGAUGCUAAUGCCAAGAUGGUAGAACUCAAGGCUGCCCUGCAGCAGGCCAAGGAUGAACUGGCCCGCCUACUUCGUGAUUAUCAGGAGCUCAUGACAGUCAAACUGGCCCUGGACAUGGAGAUUGCCACAUAUAGGAAGCUGUUGGAGGGAGAGGAAUGCAGGAUGUCUGGAGAGUGCCAGAACACCGUGAGCAUCGAAAUGGUCCACAGCAGCAGUAGCAGUAGUGGUGGUUCCAUGGGAGGAGGAGCCGGUGGACAUGGCCGAGGUGGCACCAGUGGUGGCACUUGUGGCAGUGGGGGCACAGGUGGCAAGGGAAUAGGCUCUGGGGGAAGUUAUGGCAGAGGAGGAACAGGCAGGAAGGGAAUGGGCAGUGGGAGCCAUGGUGGAAGUUCUAGUGGGGGGGGCUUUAGCUCUGGGGGGAGCGGUAGUGUUGGAGGCGGGUACUCUAGCCAGUCUGGAGGCUCUGGGGUUGUCAGUGGGGGUGGUAGCAGCUCUAUCCAAGUCUCACAGAGCUCUACCCGGAGCCAGAGAUCCAACAGCAAAUUUUAA